GUAAAGUCAGCUGUUGCAAAUAUAAAGCACGUGGCAUCGGUGAUUCUCCUUUUGUUGUGAGUGACUACUUAUAUUCAUAUAUUUUCAACUACAAGACGUAAACAAAUCAUUGAAAGUAUUGAAUUUAACUUCAAAAUAAAGAGCUCACUUUCGUAAUUUUCCGAAUUGAGUUAUCGACUUUGGAGAAGGACUGACACCUUGAGCACCAUGUGUUUUAAUGUACUGGGCGUGAGCAAUCUUCUACCCGAUUGCAGCAUUGAAAACCAGGUCCAUCUGUACUCUUUGCUGCAGCAACUCCAGAACCAGGAUCGUCGUCCGGAGGAAGUGAGUGACGAGUUGCGGGAUCGCUACAACGUAUUCCGCCAGGUUUUGCCCAACUACCCGGCACCGGAACAGCCAGACGACGAUCUGCUGAUAUUCGUUAAUGAGUUGUUCCUGGACCAGCCUAUUGCAUCGACCUUCACAGACAUUGAAUCAUCCGGCGGGGAGACCUGCGAAUCCAGUCUGGAUAGUGACUCCGGGCAGAUCGGCAUCGGGAUGGACCGUCACCAUUAGACCACAUUCAUUUAAAGGGUGAAGUUAUGUCUUUCGUCAAUUGCCAAGUGGAGGAGUUGCGUUAAACGUAAUGAAAGUAAAACGUGGCCAUUAAAUGUUCACGACAAUAAAAAUGGGAAAUCCAGCAUAAAAUUACAAUACAAUU